AUGGACGACAUGUAUGCGAGCGAUGAUGGUUAUGGAACCACAGAGUGGGACGAUGAAGAAGCAAUUAACUUUGAUGAAGAUCUUCUGGUAGAUGAUAAAGUCGAUGACUUUGGUGAGAGUAAGUCUCGGCAGGAAAAUUAUCUUGUUUUGAAUGAAGAAGAAAUUGCAAAACUUCAAGAUACUUAUAUUACAGAAGUCUCUACUGUUCUCUCCAUAUCGAAAUCCGAUGCAUGCUUACUGCUUCCUUACUUUCAUUGGAGGGUUGAAGAUAUUAAGGAUGAAUGGUUUGCCGAUGAAGAUAAAGUUAGAGAAAAGGCAGGUUUGUUGGCAGAACCUGUAGUUGAACAUGAUGCUUGGGCAAAUUUAAGAAUUCCUUGCGGAAUUUGUUUUGAAGAGUACAACGAUCAUAGUUUUAUAUUGUCUGCCUCUUGUGGUCAUCCUUUUUGUCGAGAUUGCUGGGCAGGUUAUAUUAGCACAACAAUUAGUGACGGUGGUCCGGCGUGUUUGAGGCUAAGGUGUCCUGAACCAUCAUGUAGUGCAGCAGUUGGUCCUGAUUUGAUCCAAAAGGUGUUGUUGAACUCAAAUCGAGGAGCUGAGCAUGGCAAAUACAAGACCUAUCUGUUAAGAUCUUACGUUGAAGAUCAUAGGAAGAUCAAGUGGUGUCCCGCCCCAGAAUGUAACUGCGCAAUUCAGUUUGAUGCUCUGGGCGGAACGGUGUCGUAUGAUGUAUCAUGUCUUUGCUUGCAUAGCUAUUGCUGGAGUUGCACGGAGGAGAAUCACCGUCCGGUGGAUUGCGAGACUGUGAGGAAGUGGAUUUUAAAGAACAAAGAAGAUUCUGAAAAUGCGCAUUGGAUGAUAAAUAAUUCCAAGCCUUGCCCCAAGUGUAAAAGACCAAUUGAGAAGAACCAAGGCUGUAAUCACAUGAGGUGCAGACCUCCCUGUGGGUACCAGUUUUGCUGGUUAUGCCUCGGGCCAAAUUUUAAUUACAAAGGUUGCAAUUGCAAUAGCUUUAAGGGGGGCUCAGUUGGUAAUAUUCCCGAGACAUCUACUAGUAGGGAUGAGAGGGCAAAGAAGAAGGCAAAUAUGUUUUUAGAGAGAUACUUUCAUUACCUUGAGCGGUGGGAUAACAAUGGUAAAUCAAAGAAAAAAGCUCAAGAGGAUUUCGAUAAGGUGAAGACCGAUCACAUUAAGCAACUUGGAGCGAUACAUGGAAACACAAAAGAGCAUGAAUACGAUUUUAUCAUAGAGGCCUGGCAACAGAUUAUUGAGUGCAGGCAAGUAUUGCGAUGGACUUAUGCAUAUGGCUACUACAUGCCUGAGGAUGCUCAUUCUAUGAGGCACCUAUUCGAGUUCUUGCAAGGCCAUGCUGAGUUCAGCCUUGAAAGGCUUCACAAUUGCGCCGAGAGCGAACUGCAACAGUUCCUAGUCUCAACAUCAUCAUCAUCGUCAUCAUCAUCAUUUGCAGCUACUGACGAAUUCAAAAAAUUUAAAACAAAACUCGUGGGACUGACAAAGGUGACCAGAACUUAUUUCGAAAAGUUGAUUACUGCAUUGGAGCAGGGGCUUCCGGAGACGAGCCGUUAUGGAACUGGAGCUGCUUAUGAGGAGAUGGAUUGGACGUGUGACCGAUGUACCGCCAUCAAUGUAGGGUCUGCCGUUACCUGUCAAGUAUGCUCUGAGGAAAAUCAACAAGGAUACUGGUCUUGUGACCGAUGUACGUUAUUGAAUCCGGUGACUUUAACGAGGUGUAGUAUGUGUAAUGAGGCCGAUGCUGAUGAGGGUGGGGCAGUUUAG